GACUUGCUCUUUCAAGUACAUCCAUCGGACAAGGAGACUCCACUGUUGAGAAGAAUGCAGACCUUCGACAGGGUGGAAAUGGAUAGAAUAGUGAAAACAACGCUGGUUGAAGCAAGGCCUAAAAAGGAACGAACCCCACCGAGUGUUUGGCAAAAACUCUUCAAGGAAGCAACGCACACAAUGUAUAAAGAGUACAGUAAAAUCUUCACCGAUGGGUCGAAAACUUCAUCUGGAACGGCCCUGGCAGUCUACGAUGAAACGGAUUCGACCAAUAUCGCGGAAAGCAUUAAUACUAAUUUCUCGAUAACAAAUGCGGAGCUGCUGGCCAUAUUAAGAGCGAUUGAACUGGUCAAGCUAAAAGGCUACAAGAAAUCGAUAAUUUUUACUGAUUCGAAGAGCGCCUGCGAGAUGCUGCUAAAUCUACGAACGAUAAAGGACAACUACCUGUUGGGUGAAAUCUACAAGGAGCUGCAGAGCAUGGCAGGAAGCGUGUGCAAGAUCCAGUGGAUCCCGAGUCAUACAGGAAUCCACGGUAAUGAAACGGCAGAUCAACUAGCGGUAAGCAAGACUCGCGAGAAACAAACAUGCUGCAGAGGGAUAACCGCAGGUGAUGCACUGAACCUGAGCAAACUGGAAACAUGGGAGGAAUGGAGGCAAAAGUACAAAAACAUAUCGAAAGAUAAAGGAAUAUGGCACUUUCAACUAAUGGAACGACCAGGACAAAAGAUAUGGAGCAAGGACCUGAUCCUAAAUCCAGAUGAGGUAAAAACACUCAACAGAAUACGAAGCGGUCACUGUUUGACCAAAGAUAGGAAGGCGAAUUGGGGCUGGGAGGAUGAUAAUUUGUGUGAAUGGUGUGAAGUCACAGAAAAUCUGAAGCAUAUACUGUAUGACUGUCCGAGGUACAACCAAAGUAGAAGCCAGUUUCCACCACUGGAAUACAUGAAACCCCUAGAGAUGAUACUGCAGGAAGGAUGCGAGGAGGAGUUGAAGCAAAUUGUGAAAUUUCUGAAAGCUAACGAAGUACACAUAUAACCCGACUAUACUUUGAAAAGCAAACACAAAAAGGAAGUAAAACGAGCCAAGGCACUCGUGCCUAUCUUCAGUGGCGAGAUGGAUCAACUAUGGUCUUAGCCUGUCUGAAUGACAAAUCCAAAGAAAAAAAAAAGAC